AUUAAAGGGGAAGUAUACUACAUACCGACUACCCGCAACAUCUACCGUCUUUAAACACACAAAUAACGGCCUAAGUCACAGCCAAGGAGAACAGGUAUGCUUUGUUGUUGAGGCACUUUAAAAAGCCAACAGCAUGAGCAACUUCAGAAGCCACGGUUUGGGGAAGUAUUCUAGCUGCACAUUUUCUUGACGGAGGUUUAGUCUCUCUUCACAAACCGGAACUUUCUCUGUCAGGUACUCAGAUUAGAUGGCAGACAUGCCAGCAACGGUGACUCACACCACCUUCACGAAGUCAGUAUCCCCAGGCCUGGACUCUUUGAUUAUGGUGGCAACCCCUCGGGCACUGCUCCGGCCUCUGGGCCUUCUGAGGCUACUGCAGUUGUGUUCUACCGGCAUGGCUUUCCCACUAGUGCUCUAUAUGGGUGCCUGGAUGGGCCCCAUGGGAAGCUGGUGUGUAUUCUCCUGGUCCUUUAGCUUCGCCAUGACACUGAUCGUCCUGGCCGUGGAGUUGACUGGACUCCAGAGUCGCUUGCUCCUGUCAUGGCGGGAUUUCCCCAUCACCUGUGCCUGCUAUGCUGUACUCUUCUGUCUGUCAUCAUCCAUCAUCUAUCCUAUGACUUAUGUGCGGUUCAUGUCUUAUGAUUACAUCAGAAAAUAUGCUGUCUGUGCCAUUAUAUUCUCGUGCAUCUCCUGUGUGGCUUAUGCGACAGAAGUGACCUGGACUCAUUCAAGGCCUGGAUAUAUCACUGGCUACAUGGCCUCUAAAACUGGGAUGCUCAAGGUUUUUGAGUCCUUCAUAGCUUGCGUCAUCUUUCUCUUCCUCAGCAAGCCACAACUCUACGGGAAGGAACCUGCCCUGAUAUGGUGUCUGGUCGUGUAUAUCAUAUGUUUUAUCCUAACCAUGGUGGUUAUCCUGCUCUGCCUGGGGAAAUGUACCAACAUCUUGCCCAUCCCAUUCACCACCUACUUGACAGGCAUGACUUUCAUGUGUGUCCUCUUGUACACCACCGCCAUUGUCCUCUGGCCUCUCUACCAGUUCAAUGAAGAGUUUCAUGGUUUCCCCCAUCGAGUAAUGGAUUCAAGCUGCAGUUAUAAAAGUGCCCACUCAGUGUGUGUCUGGGACCGCCAACUGACAGUGACAUUCUUGACUGGAGUCAACCUGAUGGCAUAUAUAGCUGACUUUAUGAACUCUAGCUAGCUGAUGUACAUUGAGAUUCUAAGACCCACAUGUCAUGUCCAUAUGGCAUCAAUUUCAUUUUCCUUGCUAGCAUUUCCUGUUCCUUUUUCUUUAGUCCUGGCUUGUUCUACUCUUUCCAGCUUUCCUUCCUUCCCUUUCAACUGUUCCUAGCUUCUUUUUCCUUUUCACAUCCUGUUUUGCCCCUGAGCUGUGUCUUCAUAGCCUUUGUCUUUAACAUUUUUGUUUCUUCAAUCUAUAUCUUUCUGUUAGUUUCCUCAUCUUUUUAUUUCCUGGUCACUCUUUCCUGGGAGAGCACUCAGACUUGUUACUAAUUAUCCACUGCUCCCACCCCUGAAGGUGUUGGCUACACACACCCAGGCUCCUUUGCUGCUCUUCCUGCUAUGCGCCUGAGAAGGAGCUUCCUGUCAAACCAUGGCGAAAUGUUAUUUUAAAUUUUCAAGUUUCUUAUGAAACACUGUUACAUUUACCUUCUCUGUGUUGUUUCCUCAGCUAUUCCUUAGCUUUUCUUUCUAAGCCAAAACAUCAUCACAUGUCAGUGUCUCUCUGAAAUUCCUCUUUGCUUGACUAAUUACCACUGGAUGGGUUUGAUUUCAGAUCUAAUAUCCCAAGUCUUAUUGAUCCUACAUGUGCCUAUUUUCAACUUCAUAUGCCCUUAUUAUCUACUACACAGAAACCUCCUAAUGUAUAUAAAAUUUGUUAUUAUAAAAUUCAACAUAUAUCAACCAUCCAAUUUAUGUAAACACAAAGCUGAUAAGAACUUCUACUAAAAAAAAUGUAUAAAACUUAAGUUAAGAAACUGAAUGUUUUAUUAUGUUGUUAUAUGCAGUUUGAAUGUAAAAGCAAAGCACAACCCAAUAUAUAGGGCAUCCCUGUGGUAAGGGUUUCAUUGUAUUGUUUUCUACCUAUAUUAAUAUUUCCACUGGUUACUGAAGUUUUUUCUAUAACUAAUGAAACUACAGUUAUAAUACACAAUUUAAUAAUUAAAAUUUUAUAUUCUAUACUGUUAUUUUUUCAUACCUAUGUUUUUUCUCACAUGUCUUAGAAAAUAAAAUGAGAGGGUGAUUUGCAACAGGAUUACAUUAACAACACAAAUAGCCACUUUCUUAAAUGUAGGAAGCAUGUUUUCAAUAACUUUCACAUGGAAAUAAUAUUAAUUUUAACUUCUAAUUGGUGAUCUUUCCCAAAGUUAGCACUUACAACAAUUUAUUACACAGUUAGGUAUAUCUUCUUAACUUUCAAAAUGGGGAGGAAAACUCAUGGCAGUUAAUUGUUAGUUAAUAAUAAUUUGAGAGAACAAAUAAAACUCUAACUUGGACAUUCUUAAGUAUACCAUAACACUUUAAAGCAACUCUAGGGAAGAUUUUAAAAUACUUUUAUAUAACUAUAAACUAUCUGAUAAGACUACCACAGAUCUGUCUCCAAACAAAAAUAGACAGGGAUAUUUUUUUAGGUAACUCAAAACUAUUUGAAGGGGACAGAAUAUUACUUAAUUUAUAUUUUGAGACUGCUUGGCCUCAGUUUCAAUUCCAAGAAAGGCAAAGAAAGUGAGUGUGCCAAGAAUAAUACUUACAAAUAUUCAGACAGAAAUAAUAUAUAAUUGAUGUUUAGGAGACAAUUAUUUUAAAAAUUAGGUUGCAAAUUUGUCUAUUUUCCUAGAAUAUUAAUGAGUACAUUAACAACUGUCACAGCAGGAUAACACCUACCCCCAAGUAGAUUCUCAAACAGGGUCGUUCAGGAGGGGAUCUUGGAAAAUAGCAGCCUACCAAGGAUAGUACUGCACAGUGAAUCUGAGAAAAUACUUCAAGAGAAGACUGUGAGAAAGGAAGCGUAAAAGGGCCCCUGGAGACUCACAGAGAAAAAUACCGAUGAUAAACAGCCAGUUGUGAAUGGUUUUAACAGGUAUUAUUCCAAAGCAACCUCACAGAGUUGUUAAUUUACGUUUGUACAGUUGCUGUGAGGAGUCAUCAUCAGGUCUACAACAUACAUACUUUGGAUUAUAAAUGUUAAGAAAAAAAUCCUUGUAGCACAUGAUUUUGAUUAAAUGAGUCAACAAUG